AGUUAUAACUUUAAACACUCAGGGAUAGUAUUAAUAAUUGCUAGUUUUAAAUAAAUUCACAAAAUUACAAAAAACUUACAUCAAAAACAAAACAUUGGACUUUGUUCGUAAACAAAAUGAAUCUUGUUAUAACAUUUUUCGUCAUUUUCAACAUUUUGCUUGCUAAUGGCCUUGAAUAUCAACAUAUUCAACCAGGAGUGGUGGUGGAAGAUUAUGGAAAAGUUGGAAUGAUUGACGAUUAUUUUCAUGUUGCAUUUAGAGUGAAUUUUACUGCAUUUUAUCUAAAUGAGUUUUCUGAUCUCAAAACAUCAGUGACAAAACUAUGUUCAGAAAUAAAAUGGAAGUUAAAGGAGGAACAUCAAGUUUGCAAGGAUCAACUCGUUGAUUUCCAUCAAAAUUUCAAAGACAAAUCUGAAGAAUUAUUGAAAUCUUUAGACACAAAAGAUCAGUUAAACAGCAAUUCAUACAAACUUUCGGAUCUAAACAAAAUAAAGCACGGAGAGCAGGACCAUGAGCUCGACAAGAUGAAAAACUUAGUCGUUUUGGAUUUCACUAAUGACAUAUUCCCAAAUAUUAUUGAGGAUGCUACAAGUUUAAUCAAAUCAUUAGAUACAUUGAGAGAAGUUGCAACAUCAAUGGAAAAUGACAUUGAGCCUGUCGAUGAAAAGAUUAAUCAGCAUUUUGAUAUUUUAGAAAAAUUUAUGGAAUCUUGCAAUGAAUAUUUGUUGGAACUAGAAACGAUAAUAAGUCAAGCACAAAAUCAUAAAGUCAAUUACAGACUUUUGAAAAAUAUAUUGUUAAAGGAUGUCCUGGAAGGAAAACUGAUCACAAAUAAUGUCUAUCAUAUUAUUGAUUUAAAUUCCAUUACUGCAAAUAAUGUCGCGGAUAUUGGACCGAGCAUUGGAUCAACUACAAUUCAAUCAAUGAUCAAAACAGCUGUUUAUAAGGAAAAUAACAUCCCAUACAUAAUAAUGUCCUUACCAUUGAGUAGAGUACAAAAUGUUGAAAGUUUAAAAUUAGUGAAGCUCAAACCGAUACCAAAAUUAGAAAAAAAUAUUUUAACAUUUAUAAAAGCAAAUCCUAACUUUUUUAUCCACAACAUAGACUAUGAAAGACCACAUUUCUUCGUAGAAGAUCUUAAUUGCUGUUAUAGAUAUAAUGGGAAUUUUUAUUGUGAUUAUUUUAAUAAGACUGAAGAAUCCUCAACUGCUUGUGUCUCAAACGUUUUUGAAAUUAGAACUAAAGACUUUUGUAAAUACUAUGGAUGCAAAAUGGUUUAUUUAGAGAACUUUGGUUCCAAUAUCAUUGAAUUGCAAAAGAAAUAUUCAUACAUUGUCGUAACACAGACACAAAUUGAUGCUGAAUAUACAGGAGGAUCAUUUAAAAACAUGAAAUUAGAAAUUCCAACGGGUUCUUCGCUAAUUCACAGUAAAAUUCCAAUAACAUUAAAACUUAAUAAUAUUGAGUUGAAGUUUGAAAAGGAUAUUAGUGGAAAAGUGCUGUAUCCACGUGACUUUGAUUUUUAUUUUUAUGACGUUUCAACUGCGAAAGUUGACCAGAAACCUGACUCUGAAUUAGACUUAGGUCGAAGCUUUUCAACGAUGGAUGUAGUAACAGUUGACACAAUUUAUAAACUUUCGACAAAAGUUCCGAGUCGUAAAAAAGAGUUGAAAAAGGAAAAUGAUGAAACAUCUACUUCAGCACCUAAAGUGAUCAAAAUAAUUCGUUAUCAAGAGCCACUUUACAUUGUUUUGACUAAAAUUUUAUUGACUGCUGUAUGUCUUACUGUUUUACUUCUGAUUUUCUUUAAAUAUGUAUUAAAGUAUAAGUUUGUAGUUAAUUUGAGAGCAAAGGAAGAAAAAGAACCAUUGAAGGAAAAGAAUGAAAAAUAA